UCACUAAAUAAAAAGUAUCUUCCUAUUUUCAAGCAUCCAAGAGAUUAUUCCUUCAUCCUUUAAUAUGCGGUAGAUAACACUUGGGUGCAAAUACUUGGGUCCACUUAGUACUAUAAAUGCUUCAAAGCAUUUUUUGAUUGGUCAAUUCAUAAAAUUCUUUGUUCUGAUUGAUUAAUCAAACACUUCGAAGCUUUUGUAGCGCUAAGUGGACUGUAGCCAAGGAUGCACACCAUGCGAGAACAGAAAUGUAUCCAUACAAGAUAAACUGAAAGAAAAAAAUGAUCCAGACUCGUGACGAGAUGUCACAUGUACACUAAUAGCCAAUCGGCAUGUGUGAUGAUUGUUUCACAAGUGAAGCAUGUUUGACGGGAUGUUGACGCACAGUAUAUUAGUUGAUACUAGUUUCCGACAGCAAGUAAAGUAAAAAAUUAAAACUUAAAAAAUAAUCUCAUUCGUUUUAUAAUGUACUUCCAAUUGUCGAACGCAUGAAAUCACGUCUACAAUAAAUUAUCCAACUUGCGAUUUGGCGAAGGUAGACGAGCUGAAACGAUUUUAUUUUACAAAUUCAAGAUGACAUCAAUUGAUGGUUGGAAGUUGAGUCGUGUUCUAGGCACAGGAGGUUUUGGCAUUGUUGAGCUUUGGACGCAUGUUCAGAGUGGCAAAAAAAUUGGUAAUACUCUAAUACUGAAUAUUUUCUGCGUACUAUUUUAUAAAAUUAUUACAUAUGAAAUUGAAGAUACUACUACUCUUGGAGAUCUUCAGUUGUUAAUAGAAAGAGAUACUAAUAUUGAAAUAAAAAAUCAACUCUUAACUGAUUAUAAAGGUGCAGUGUUGAUUGAAAAUAAUGUUUCACUCAAAUCACAAACCAAUGAUCACGUUUUCUUUCUCUUCAGAAAUGGAUGUUGUUCAAUAGAAGAUAUAUCUAUAUCGAAUAUCCCUGCAGCAGUGAAAGAAAUGAUGACACAAUCUAGAAAUGAAUUAAAUUCUGAAAUACUGAAAGAUUAUUAUCGCCAUACGAUAUAUUUUGUGAAAAAAGAAAUGUAUUUAUUUCAGUUGUACAUAUUUGCACUUAAUAUAAACGUGGAUUUAUUCCAACAAAAAAUUGAUAUGUUUAAUACGAAUGUAGAGAAGACAUUGGAAAAUAUAAAGAUCCUCAUAGAUCAGGUUCACAUAAUUCGUAUGAAAUAUGUGAAUACAACUGACGAAAACGCAACUAAUAAAAAGAAAGUAGAAAUUUUUGACAAAGUUGAUAAAUUGAUUAACGCAGCCAAUAAAAUAAAAGUAAAGUUUAUAUCUCUAAAGGAAGAUAAUAAUAGAUUAAUAGAUAAAGCUCGAGAUAUUGAUUACAUAGGAAAUUUAUCAGAAUUAUAUGACAAGAUGUGUAAUGUAUAUCUAAAAUUCAAGCAAGAAAGUCCUUAUAAACCUGCAAUGCCAUUAGACAUGGUGAAAUUAAUGUUUACAUUUUUAACUGCACGUGAAAAACAACUUUAUAGUCAAAAUAUAAUCGAUAUUACAAGUCAGUUACAAGAAUUGCAAGAUAAACUGUCAAAGCUAGAAAUGAUAUUUAUUUCUGUUACUGCCAUGACAGAAUUCUAUUGGAAAGAGUAUCAGAAAAUUGCACAAUCGGAUACUAUAGAUAACAAUAUCUCUCAACAAUCUAAUAUCCAUCAAUCUUUAAACAUCUCUACCAUUGAUUUAGGCAGCAUCAUCCAAUCAGAGGAUAAUGUGAUAUAUGAUAAUUUGAUUAUACGUUACAAGUAAGCUUUUCUUUCGUUACAAUAUUCAAUUUAGUAAAUUUUUUUUAAAUUUUUAUUCUU